AGCCAUGUUGGUCGUGGCUAGCACAGGGGCUGGCGCCAGGGGGUUAUUGAAGCAGCUGUCAUAAUGCUGGGGUCCCUGGUGUUGAGGGGAAAGGCAUCGGCGCCGCGGCUCCUCCGGUUACUCAGGUCUCCAUUUCUCCAAAGCUGUGGAAGCGUCACCACUGGAGACCGCGGGGAGCCGCAGUGUCUGAGAGCGGCCGCCUGGGGGUGCCCUGGAACAGCGUCUGUCUUGUUCCCCGGACCAGGGGCUGCCACCCGGGGGCGCCGGAGAGAACGUAGCGAGAUCGCGUGCCUGACAGCUGCCACGUGGGGACGCCGUCCUAGCCCCAAAGAAGAAAUACUCCCCGGACAGGACAGCUGGAAUGGGGUCUCCAACAAGACCGGACUGGGCGUGUGGGCCUUGGCCACGGCGCUGAUAGUUCACUGCUACACCAAGAAUCCAUCUAAUAAGGAUGCAGCCCUGAUGGAAGCUGCCCGUGCCAACAAUGUGCAAGAAGUCAGAAGGCUGUUGUCGGAAGGUGCAAAUGUCAAUGCAAGGCACAGACUUGGCUGGACAGCACUGAUGGUGGCAGCCAUCAGCCGAAAUGACAGUGUGGUACAGGUCCUGCUUGCUGCUGGGGCUGACCCAAACCUUGGGGAUGAUUUCAGCAGUGUCUACAAGACUGCCAAGGAACAGGGAAUCCAUUCUUUGGAAGUCCUAGUCACCAGAGAGGAUGACUUUAACAACCGACUGAACAGCCGAGCUAGUUUCAAAGGCUGCACAGCCCUACAUUAUGCUGUCCUGGCUGAUGACUACCACACUGUCAAGGAGCUGCUGGAUGGAGGAGCCAACCCCCUGCAGAGGAAUGAAAUGGGACACACACCCUUGGAUUAUGCCCGAGAAGGGGAGGUGAUGAAGAUUCUGAGGACCUCCGAGACGAAGUACCAGGAGAAACAGCGGAAGCGUGAAGCUGAGGAGCGGCGCCGCUUCCCUUUGGAGCAGCGACUGAAGGAGCACAUCAUCGGCCAGGAGAGUGCCAUCGCCACCGUAGGUGCUGCGAUCCGGAGGAAGGAGAAUGGCUGGUACGAUGAAGAGCACCCUCUGGUCUUCCUCUUCUUGGGAUCAUCUGGAAUAGGGAAAACCGAGCUGGCUAAGCAGACAGCCAAGUACAUGCACAAAGAUGCCAAAAAGGGCUUCAUCCGGCUGGACAUGUCUGAGUUCCAAGAGCGACAUGAGGUAGCCAAGUUUAUCGGGUCUCCACCAGGCUACAUUGGCCACGAAGAAGGUGGUCAACUGACCAAAAAGUUGAAGCAGUGCCCCAAUGCAGUGGUGCUCUUCGAUGAGGUAGACAAGGCCCAUCCAGAUGUGCUCACCAUCAUGCUGCAACUGUUUGAUGAGGGCCGCCUGACAGAUGGCAAAGGGAAGACCAUUGACUGCAAAGAUGCCAUCUUCAUCAUGACCUCCAAUGUGGCCAGUGAUGAGAUCGCCCAGCAUGCACUGCAGCUGAGGCAGGAAGCUUUGGAGAUGAGCCACAACCGCAUUGCUGAAAACCUUGAGGAUGUCCAAAUUAGUGACAAGAUUACUAUCUCAAAGAACUUUAAGGAGAAUGUGAUCCGCCCCAUCCUGAAAGCUCACUUCCGGAGGGAUGAGUUUCUGGGACGGAUCAAUGAGAUCGUCUACUUCCUCCCCUUCUGCCAUUCAGAGCUCAUCCAGCUCGUCAACAAGGAACUGAACUUCUGGGCCAAGAGAGCCAAGCAAAGGCACAACAUCACACUGCUGUGGGACCGCGAGGUAGCAGAUGUGCUGGUUGAUGGCUACAAUGUUCAUUAUGGUGCCCGCUCCAUCAAGCAUGAGGUCGAGCGUCGUGUGGUAAACCAGCUGGCAGCAGCCUACGAACAAGACCUGCUGCCAGGGGGCUGUACCCUGCGUAUCACCGUGGAAGACUCCGACAAGCAGCUCCUCAAGAGCCCCGAACUGCCCACACCAGAGGCCGAGAAGCGUCCACCCACGCUGCGCCUGGAGAUCAUUGAUAAGGACAGCAAGACCCACAAACUGGACAUCCGGGCACCACUCCAUCCCCAGAAGGACUUGAAUAAAAUCUUGCUCCUCCAACCUCCUCCUGUGUGUUAACCAACAGGCUCAGGAAGCAGAGACAAGGCAAGAGACAGUGCCUUGAGUCAUAGAAGAAUGUUGUGACGACAUGGUAUGAGGCUCAAGCCAGGCAGGGGACGACUCCAGAUGUCGCCAUCUAGCCCCUCAGCCAGGCUGCUACUCCUACCUCAGUGAUGUUCUGUAGUUGUUACUUACUUUUUGUUUUGAAAUUAUUUAGACUUGCAGAAAAACUACAAAAAUAAUAGAGUUCUCAUAUGCCUUUCACUCAGCUUCUCCUGAACUAGUAAGUCAUGAAACCAUAUGGUAAUUACCAAAACCAGGACAGGAAAUUCACAUUGUCACAGUUCUGCCUGGUCGCAGGCAUGUGGAUUUCGCCAGUUUUCCCCCAUGUCCUUUUUCUGCUCCAGGGUCUGAGCCCAGACACUGCCUUUUCCCCCCGUAGUCUCCCUCCUCUCUGCCUCUCUCUGGCAGCUUCUCCAUCCUUCUUCACUCAUGAUCUUGGCGUUUUUGAAGAGUCUGCACCAGUUAUUUUGUUCCUGUCCCUCAGUUUGAGUUUGUCUAAUGUUUUCACUGAUGAGAUUGAGGGUCUGCAUUUUUGGCAAGAUGACCACAGAGCAGUGUGCCCUUACCACCUCCCAGCAGUGGUUACUGUUUUUUCUCAUUUGUACAGUGGGUUUUUUCGGUUUUUGUUUCUGAGACAGGUCUCCCUAGAGCCCCAGCUGGUCUGGAACUCAUUAUGUAGACCAGGCUUCACCUCACAGAGAUCUGCCUGCCUCUGCCUCCUGGGUACUGGGUCUAAAGGUGUGUACCGUCGUACCCAGCCCUUUAGCAGUGGACAUUGUUAACCCCAUCAUGAGCCUGAGGUAAUGUGUGCUCAGGUUCUCUACAGUACAAUUGUGAACAUUCAGGCCGGGAUGUAGCUCAAGAGUAGAGCUUGCCUAGCGUGCCGAGGCUGUAGGAUUGAUUC